AUGCACAUACGGCGGUUACAACGGCAACAUGAUUUUGGGAAAGCACCGCCGUUACGGGAUCGUUCGGCCAGUUUACCAUCCAUCGAAUUUGGCAGGAGAAAAGAAAGUGGCGAGCCGCAAUUUCCAUUUAAGGAGAAUAUACCAAAAAUGAUGACCGCCGCCAGAGCCGCCGGCUUCCGCUACAAAAAGCGGGAGAUCGCCAAAACGCAAGCGCAAGCAAAAACUCGGAAACGGGCCAAUUCGGUGCUGACGCUCACCAACGGCACCCACAUCACCGGAUCCCGGGAUUCACCGUCGUCGAGGACGAGGAAUUAUUAUCGGAAGAGCAUGUGCUCCUCAGCCGCCUCGCUAUGCCAACAUUCGCUGGCCGUCCCCGAGGGCCCCAUCAGGAAACGCUCGGGAUCGGUGCCCGCCCUAAAACUCCUCACACUUGCAACCGCUUGGAAUCUAAAAACCGAACACGUACGUGCCUUAAAAGCCACCUGGGCCCGUCUCUGCGAACCACCCAGAAGUAACUGCAAAGGUAUCGUUGCCCUCAUCGAACGCGUCUGGGAGAAGCUGGAUAGUAAAGACAAAGCUAUCAAGGAAAUCUUCUACAAAGCUGCCUUCGUCGAUUCAAUGGCCGAUCGCUGUGAGCGGCGCACAAGUAAUGGUCGCUCGGACAGCAUUGGGAAGGGUCGAAUGAGGAUUGCUACACUCCGUGAUCAUACGCACUUCUUCGUCUCGUUGGUUUCGCAGACGGUCGCACAACUCGAGCAUGAUCCCCAGAUGAUAUUUGAGCAUAUUGAUAAGAUUGGGCGCAGACAUGCAUAUUUGAAGCAGUACGGCUUUAUGAACAAGCAUUGGGAGAAGAUUGGGGAAUAUUUUAUCGACAUCGUCGUGAUACAGGACUGUGUCCGCGGAUUCCCGGAUGCUUGUCGUGCCUGGACGCUGAUGAUUGCCGCACUAAUAGAUCGACUUCGAGCAGCGCCAAGGCGCGGAAGUCAAGCUUCUGCCAUUCCGUCGACGAAUACCAGUGCGUGUAAUUCGACGAAUGUUUCCCCGAUGAGCAGCCAUUUACGCAUCUAUGGCUCUGGAAUUAUUCAGAAUGGAUCGCCAGAUGGGGACCACCGUUGCCCGUCUGGUCUUUCCCCCCGCAAUUCUUGCAUCGAAUUGAAAGACGUAGAAAAAGCUCUCAAUGAAGUGGCUGCCGGAUCUUCUUCCCCGGCACUAGCC